AGCAGUUGAGGAUUCGUCCACAAGCGAGGGACAUGGAUUGCCCACUGUCCGCUCCAUGGAGGAGGCUUAUCAUGGACCAAGCAUUUUAACAGAGAUGCAGAGGAGCAAGUCCUUUGAGCACGGAAACAGGAAGCCUCAACAGAACAAAGGGACAAUGUUCGAGUGUGAAACUUGCCGUAACCGGUACAGGAAAAGGGAGAACUUUGAGAAUCACAAGAAGUUUUACUGCUCCGAGUUGCACGGUCCAAAAAACAAGCCCAUUCCUGUCAGAGAGCCAGAGUCGGAUGUGUUUGUGCAGAGUGUUCCGCCCCUGAUGACAAGAACAGUCUGUCACUCAGGGAAUAUUGAGCAAUCGUCAAUGAUCAGAAAACGGAGAAAAAUGAAAAGUUUUGGGGAUGACGACGAUCAGUCUCCAACUGACAAAAAUCCACCUUGUUCUAGAAGUUUCGAUUCCUGUCAGAUGUCCUCUAGAGUAGUAAGUAGUAGUCAGUUUCCCCAGAGAGCCGUGCUCGUCAACCUGCAACCUGCCAACAACACAGGGCCGGUUCCUCCAAUUCAACUCAUGGCAAGAGUGGCAGAGACACCAGAGUCCAGGCUGUCUCCAGCAAGAGACAACAAUAUUAGCACCUCCACCAAAGACAGAGGUGAGAUGCAGCGACAAGGCAGUGGCACAUCUGUCAUACGGCACACCAACUCUCUGAGCAGGCCAAAUUCAUUUGAAACAUACGAGAGUAUCGAUCUGUCCUCUCCGGUUGAUUCUUCGACAAAGGACAUGCAAGGGGCAGUCAUCUCAAGCACUGAAUCCUCGGCUAACACUGCAUUGCAGAAUUACCACAAAGAAAUGUCGAUACCCAAGGUUUCGAGUCAAGAAAAAUAUAUCGCUGACACCCCUAAGGAACAUGCACCAGCGGUAGACAGUGAGAGUUCUGCCCCAACUCAACAGUCAAGGCUGGUCCGUCAAAACAACAUCCAAGUUCCUGAAAUUUUGGUCACGGAGGAACCAGAUCGGGAACAUGAGAGUCAGGUAUCAGACAAGGUAUCGGUGGAGAAACCUGCAGACACUUUUAACUGGCCUCAGCGGAGCGAGAGUCUGUCCAAGUUGCCGACGGAGAAGUUGCCGCCCAAGAAGAAAAGGAUCCGGCUGGCUCAGAUGGAGCACUCUUCGGGUGAAUCCAGCUUCGAGUCCUCGCUCUCCAGAAGCCUUAGCAGAGACAGCAGUCUCUCGCGAUGUUCGAGCAUCUCGGCCUCGUUUGAAAGGGACGAGCCACCCAGAGCUGAUAGUCCUUCCAGGGAAAGUGUCACCAAACCUCCAGACGUUCAAGGACCACCUGUAGCGUGCAACACACUCAGCGUCCCAGUCAUGAUGAGACGAGCUGCCUCGGAACAGAUAAGCUGCACCCAACCGUCCAUUGCGAUUUCCUGUGACUACCGCAGCAAGUCCUUUGACUGCAGCAGUCCCAACCGGUCCCCCUCUCCCUUGGACACCGCUAUGCCCAAGAGUGCCCAGCCUGCAACAACUGCACAGGUACCCCUUAUUGAAAGAAGAAGAGGACCUCUUGUUCGUCAAAUGUCCCUGAAAAUUGGACCAGAGAGUCAGCAAUUUGUUGGAAAGCAGCAUACUGUUUCUCUUCAGAGGGCUCCUCCUUCAAAUAUCGUUUCUGUUCCUCAACACAGGCCUCCAAUGAUCAACAGGGCCAGUUUAACUCAGCCUUUUGUUUUACAUUCUGGAGAACCACCUCCGCCACAGAAGAACGAACACGUGGUCCAAAGCAUUAACUUGGGCACUCAAACUCAGCAUCCACAAGUUCAUGGACUUCCCCAUCCAUGGCAUCAAACCUCAAGAGUUGUUGCAAUCCAAAAGGUGCUACCUGCAGCCCAAAUCAUUCCCUGUCAAACAGAUUUGGACAGCAAGCCUGCAGAAACACAGAAGAGUCUUGUCCCCAAGUAUCAGCUUCAGUAUCCGGUUUUGAAAAGUCAAACAUACUCUUUCUCUGGUCCACAGGGAACGCAGGUGGCCUUGCCUGUAAUAACGAUACGGAUCGGCAACGAGAUUGAAAGUGUUUCCAAGGCAGCUGAGGGAAUACAGAAUGUAUACGUUGCACAGAAGAAUCUUCAGGGAACGAGCAAUAAGGCAUCCAUUGUUUUACCUCUUGGCAUCCAAGGAGACGCACCUUCACAGAACCAAUCAGGAUCAGCGCCAGUGCCACAGAUCCUGAUAACUCACGAGCAGAUUUACCCUGCUUGCAGUAUGGCUUGCAAAACCAACAUCUCCACCAUGAAUAUUGCUGCCAUUCACAAUAAAGCGGGACUAGAUGCUCACACCGAGAAACCGCAAGUUCAAGUACAGCCAGGGGCAAACACACAGAGCCAUACCAGCGAUAAUCGUAACAACCCAUCUCUCGGCUCUUUGCACUGUACCCAGAAGAUGGCGUCCGUUAACCUCUGCCCGCAACAGGAGCCCACUGCCUCCAGCAAGCGCAUGCUUUCCCCUGCCAACAGCCUGGACAUUGCCAUGGAGAAACACCAGAAACGGGCAAAAGACGAGCAUGGAGCAGCGUGCCAGCCGACCGAUGGCAGGUCCCUCAGUUAUCUCAAUUCCAAGAUGGCGGAGGUGACUCGCCAACGGAAGCUAACGCUCGUCAGACAGGUCUGCACCACUGAACCUGUAGACAGUCCCAUUGAAACUGAAGCCCCGCAACACUUGGAGAAGCUGGACCCUGGCAAAGACUUCCAGGUGCCUGAUACCGGCAGCGCAACAACAACUGAGACGACUGCGCAGAUGCAGGACGACAAGCCGCCAUCUCCAACAGACCAUCCGAUGCAGAGCCCUGUUAGUCGCACCUCCCCAGGGGUCCAGAGUCCAGUCCCUGCCAACGCUACCCUGAAGCCACAGGACAAGCCGGAAGAGCUGCAGCGCUGGUCUUCACACAAGUCCCCCCUGAGGCCUUCCUCUUUCCAAGGACAGGUGAAACUGGCCUCGUCCGUGUCUGUCGUCAACACCCGGGACAGUCACCGCCUGUCUUUCCCCAGUCUGAAAACGGCCACGACGUUCACCUGGUGCUACCUCAUCAAGAGGAAGCCACUGCAUAUUCCUCAGACAGACCAAAGGAUCUCUGCAUACUCGACCUGGCCAGUCAGCAAGAACAACCCCAACCCGCUGGGCCUACCCACCAAAAUAGUCAUGUCUCUAUUCGAUUCAAAGCAGAAGGCUAAGAAAAUACACUACACCCAAGCGAUAACCACAAGUUUGAAGUCUGACAUAUUGACAUACUCCAGCAAGCUGAAGGACGUUAUGCCCAAGGUCAUGCUCGCACAGAAGUCCCUCUCCACGGAGGGCAAGAGUAAAGCACGACCCGAAUCUCGACCCCCCAACGAGGCUGACAGGGAGUCCCUAGCUAAAGCAGAGCCCAGACGGAUCAAAAUAUUUGAUGGAGGGUACAAAUCCAAUGAGGAGUAUGUGUAUGUGCGCGGCCGGGGCCGUGGGAAGUACAUCUGUGAAGAGUGUGGGAUUCGCUGCAAGAAGCCAAGCAUGCUUCGCAAACACAUCCGCACCCACUCAGACGUCCGCCCUUACCACUGCGCCCACUGCAACUUCUCUUUCAAGACUAAAGGCAAUCUGACGAAACACAUGAAGUCUAAAGCCCACAGUAAGAAGUGCUUGGAGAUGGGAGUAUCCGUGGGUUUGAUCGAAGACCAGGAUGCGGAGGAUUCAGGAGACCGAGGAAGAGGAAGCAGUGCCGACCGUCCCGACUCUGACGGUGACGACUCGGAUGGUCCGGAAGACGAGGACAACGACGGCGAGGAGGAGGACGAGGAGGACAGCCAGGCGGAGUCGGGUCUCUCCGCCACGCCCUCCGUCUCCGCCAGCCCCCAGCACUUCAGCACUGACGUGGCGCCCAGCUCGCUCCUGGCACAGAUGUCCAUCAGCUCGUGCCAACCGCCGCCCACGCCCUCCCUCCGACCCAACACCUGCCCACCCUCUGUCCCCCAGCAAGCAGAUGUCCAUCUCCACGCUGAUCCCCUGCUCGAGCCCCACCUCAGUCCCCCCCCCUUCGCCCGAUACCCCCUCGCCAUCGCCUCUGCCAUCGCCACCACCUGCGUCACCUACUCCUCCUCCUCCUCCGACCCCCACGGCUCCGACAGCGAGUCCGUUCACAUGAUGAGCCCCGUGUCACCCUGCAGACAGAUGUCCAUCGACUACCCCGACUUUGAUGUGCCCCCUAGUCCCCCGGCUCCAGGCAAGGGCUCCAAGCUCGGCCAGGAUGCCAGUGCCCGUCCUCCCCCCCUGCCCUCGAGCGAGUCCGGAGUACCUGUGGAUCGCGGAACCCAGACUUCCUCCUUCGCCCACCACGGCUCCCUUCACUACCCCUCGCCGGGUCCCCUGUCCCUCCUGGGGGAGCCCCUGGCGCACACCCACCUCUUCAGCCAUCUGCCCCUGCACUCCCAGCAGCCCUCGCGCUCCCCUUACAGCAUGGUGCCCGUAGGCGGCAUCCAGCUGGUGCCCGCAGGCCUGGCAGCCUACUCCACCUUUGUGCCCAUCCAGGCCGGCCCAGUCCAGCUCACCAUCCCGGCCUUGAGCGUCAUCCACCGCAACACCAGCCCGCUCCCUGCGCUGCUGGGGUGCGAUCCAGGCUCGGGCACUGCCACCAGCCCGGCGCGGCCCGGCAGUUCCCCCACCGCCCAGCACCCACUGGUGGUCCAGGAGAGUGUGGGCAACAUGCUGCCAUGCUUCCCGCUGAGCCAGAUGGCAGGCAUUAGGACCCUGGGGGGGCCUCGGACCACACUGCAGCAGGUCGGGCUGGAGGCCCUCGGCGUGAUGGGCCUGGCCAACUCGGGCCUCGCGCCGACCCAAUUGCUCCAGCAGCAGAACCUGGCGCUCAACGCCUCCCUGGGCGUGCAGGUCCUGGCCGCCAGCCCCGCGGUGCAGUCCAGCCAGGUGCCCCAGGCUCACAUCCCGGGCCUCCAGAUCCUCAACAUCGCCCUGCCAGCACUCAUACCCUCCCUCAGCCCCCUGUCCACCCUCAGCCCCCUCCCGUCUGCCCCUGACAGGCCUUGGCACCUGGAGGCGUCGGCAGGGCUGGGUCUGGGUCCGUCCCGGAGUCCGUCUGUUUGCGCCAUUGCUGACUCCACGCCGCCGGUCCUGACUCUAUCGGCCAGUCCUCCAGUGGCGGUGUCCACAGCCCCGAUGGCGCCCGUUGUCGUAGCGACCCACGCCCCAAAAGGCGCCUCGCCCUGCAGGCCUAGCCUGGGGUCGAGGUGCGCGGGGGGUGGCGGCGGCGCCCAGUCUGCCUGCACCUCCGAGAGGAAGGGCAGGUCUCCAACCAACCAGACCCUCUCCUCCCCUGACUCUUUUGAUGGUGCCUCGCAAAUAGCCCCAGCUGCCACCACCACCACAGGGGGCAGUAGUGAGGCUCGGCCUCCUCACAAGCACACUAGUCCCAGGCCACCAGCCCUGGCCGAUGACUGCAGCGAAGCCUCCAGUGAUGACGAGGACCGACUAGUCAUCGCCACCUGAAUGUCUGAAAUGAAAUGUUCUUCUCUUAUUCUUACUCUUUGUCUCUCUUUAAUCUCUCUCUCUCUCGCUCUCUCUCUCUCACUCUCUCUCUCUCUCU